AUGAAAUCUGAUCUCUACAGGGAUGCAGUACGCGGCAUAACCAAUGGUGCAAUCUUGGAAAACAAAGACCAUCUUCAACAUUUAGUCACUCCAAAUCAGAACACAGUCCUGCAUAUUUACAUCACAUCCAUUAGAACCUCCAUUGAUAAAAAAAAAAGACAAGGUUGUGGAAGACAUACUGGCAAUGUGCCCGGCAUUGCUGAUGCAGCCCAAUAUGAAAGGAGAGACUCCCCUUCACAUAGCAUCAAGGUCGGGCAUGUUUCAAUUGCUGAGAUACUCAUCCUGCACGCGAAAGCCCUCCGAUCUCCCGAAGAUCUCAAAAGCGGCGGCGGUCUGGAAGCCUAUAGGCAGAUGAUAAGGAUGACCAAUCAAGAUGGAGACACAGCUUUGCAUGAGGCUCUCCGAUUUAAGCAUCUCAGCGUGGUGAAGGUAUUGGUUGGAGAAGAUAGCGAUUUCCAAUACUCUGCUAAUGAGGCUGGGGAGACACCAAUUUACAUAGCCACCGAGAGAGGAUACAGAGACAUUGUGUUUGAAAUAUUAGACAAAUGCACAUCACCAGGUGCUGCUGGAUCUUGUGAAAUGAUAAAAAGGAUUGUGGAUAAAAUGGGAGGACUAAUAAAAGAAAAAGAUCAAGAAGGCUGGACUCCGCUACACCAUGCUGCACAUAUGGGAUAUCUUCCAGCAGUAAGACUGUUUCUAGAGUGGCCGAUAAAUAGAGAUGCAGGGUACAUGCAAGAUAAUGAAGGCAACACAGCUCUUCAUCUUGCAGCGGCUUCAAAUCACACAAACAUAAUGAAGGAAAUUCUUGAAUGGUGCCCAGAUUGCUAUGAGCUAGUCAACAGCAAAGGCUGGAAUAUCUUACACUCCGCAGUGCGAGGUAGUUGCUUAUUUCAAACGGAUGCUCAGCUGUACAUCUUGAAAGAUGCUCGCUUCAACAACCUCAUAAAUCAAAAGGAUGUCGAUGGACACACACCCCUCCAUCACGCUGCAGCACUUACAUUGGAUGAACCGAUUCUAGAUUUCAAUGAUUUUCCUGAAGUGGACAAGAUGGCGUUCAACAAACAUAACCAAAAUGCCCUUGAUAUUGCUUCAACUACUAACACAAUUGCUCCCUUCAAGAAUUCAUUUAAAAGACACUUGUACAAAAAAGGUCUAAGAACAGGUAUGCGAAUAUUUAACCCUGCAAGUGCAACUGCAAGUAUUGGAGGCGAGCAAGGAAAUAACAAGGAUGAAAUCUCAACUAAUGCGAAUAGAUUCAGGGAAGCAAAUUUGAUUGUGGCAGCACUAAUUGCGACAGUAACCUUUACCGCAAGUUUUACCGUGCCGGGAGGUUACGUGAGCGAAAAAGGUCCACUACAGGGCACUCCGGUGCUCGGAAAAAGUUCAGCGUUCAAGUCGUUCGUUGUAAUGGAUGCCAUAGCCAUGGUCCUUUCUAGUUCUGCUGUCUUUCUUCACAUCUUUUUGAACUUCAGACAGGAUACCGUGAGGAUUAUUUGGUACCUUGUCACAGCCUUCAAUCUCACCUCCUUUGCUAUGGCAGCAAUGAUGCUUGCAUUUGUUACAGGUACUUAUGCUGUUUUAGGCUACUCCUCAGGCCUUGCCAUUGCUAUUUGCGUCAUUGGAUUGUCUUUUUUCAUUUUCUUUUUCUUAUUAUUUAAGAAACUUUUAACUCCAGAACUUAAUUUGGAGGUGUAA